AAGUGGCAGAUAGGCGGGAUGUCCGCAAACGUUGUUGUUGGAAGAGAAGUAGAUUCAAGAAGCCAUUACGCUGCGCAAUUGUGCCGAGACCAAAAACUUACUAUUUUUACGUAUUCUACGCACUUUUUUAUUUAACCCCCCAAGUCAAUUUAAAUUCACCAUGGCGUCUCAGGCCAAAAAGAGAAAAACGAACUUCUCCGAAAGAGAGGUGGAAAUCAUCGUGGAGGAGAUGGAAAAACAAAAACACAUUUUGGUGAACCAUUUCAACGCGGGCGUCACGCACAUCGCCAAGAACAACGCGUGGGUCGAGAUCAUGAAGCGCGUGAACGCCGUUGCCACCUGCCAGCGCGAGCUAGCGGAGGUCAAGAAGAAAUGGUCCGAUCUGAAGACGGAGGUGCGACGGAAAGUGGCACAAGCCCGGGCGGCCAUGGAGGGAACGGGCGACUGCACCUCCGUGCCCGUCCUCUUGACCUCCAUGCAGCAGCGCAUCUGCAAUCUAUUGGGAGAGGCGACCAUCAUCAGUCUGCCGACGGCAGAGGCGGGCGCGGAGAUCACGGUGCCCAUCAGUUCCGCCGCCACCACCGUCGCGUUAACGCAAAGUAUUCAACCUACAACAGGGGCGUGUGAAAUUAAAACUAUUGAAGAUGAGACGACAUAUCACACUCUGGAGGACGGGAUGGUGGAGUACUGCACCACCGAGACCCCAGUCACAGUCACACCUGUGGAGAUGCUCGCGGCGCAGGCCGAGUGUUCCUCCAAACCUCAAGAGCUGAAGAGCCGCAUCGCACUCAACUCCGCCAAGCUCCUCCAGGAGCACCGCGUCACCAACCUCCACGUACGUGAGAUCUCACAGCACCUGGAGAACCAGAACGACCUCCUGCAGAUGAUCCGGCGCUCCCUGGAGGCCCAGGCCUGUGCACAGGAGAGACAAGCCCAGGCUCUGGAGGGUACACAGGCUGGUCUGCUAGCUCUUGUUCAGAUGUUCAGACCUGCACUGAAGGACCUGAGAAAGUUCCUACAGAACACCAACAGCUCGAAUGCUGCAGGUGCCUCAGAGACUGCAGAGGGGAAAAUGGAAAAUGCGCCAAGGCCUUUAGAAGAUGGACAGUAGACCAGAUGAAAUGCAUGUUUGGAGUUGUGUGUGUGUAUGCGUGUAUGACAGUUUUGGUCUAUGUAAUAGACUGUAAAUGAUUUCACACUGCCUCAUAAAGUUUGUGCUGGUAUGUGUGAAUGUUGAAGGGAUAAAGUAAUGUACAGUUGUAAGAAAGAAAUGGUCGAAAUACGUGAUCUAGAAGACAUAUUUUAGCUUUUGACUAGCAUUUUGAUGUCUGCAAGGUCUUUCAGUUUAACUCAUGGUCAGGAUUUUUUUUUUUGGUUCACUGUAGUUAAGAUGCAUACGAAAGAUAUAUAUUUAGUCAUUUUUGGAUAUGUAUAUUUUUUUGUAUAAAUCUUGUGUAAAUAAUCAUAACAUUAAUGUGCUGCAUGCAAAACCCUUAAAACAUAGUUUUAGUAUUCUAGUUAGAAAUCUUUCCAGUGGCAGGUGAAGCAGACUCGGCAAAGACAUUUUUUGCAUCAAAUAACAAAUACUAAUAAAGAAAGAAACUCUCCAGAAGUGAAAAUCUGUGAUUUGCAGACUGAAUAUGACAUUUCUUUUAAAAGUACCUAAAGUAAU